ACUGAGAGGAAGAGAAUUUGAGAAGAAAGCAAGAACAAGAAGCAAGAAGUUCGAAAAUCAAAGCAUCAAAGCAGUGUUGAACAACGAAAUCAGUAUCACAUAAACGGUCAGCUUCCAUAUCUUUGGUUUCAAGUGACAAAGAUUUUAGAGAAAUGUCUAACAUGGAUAAAGUAAUGCAGAGUGAAGCAGCAAAGGAUGGGGUGAUGAUUCCGAAUAACAUGGCAGACAAAGAUACAGAUGAACAAGAAGAGACCAUCGCCGAAGAUCUCGUGGCUAUACAAAAAUAUAAGAUGGCUGGCGAGAUUUCUAAUUUUGUGAUUCAAGGAGUUAUUUCCCAAUGUGUAGCAGGAGCUUUAGUUCGAGAUCUGUGCUCACUGGGAGACAGACUUGUCCUUGAAGAAACCGCCAAGGUCUUUAAGAAGGAAAAAGAUGUAAAGAAAGGCAUUGCUUUCCCUACCUGUGUCUCUGUCAACAACUGUGUCUGCCAUUUUUCUCCUUUGGCUAGUGACACAGAUGUGGAACUGAAUGACGGUGAUGUUGUUAAAAUUGAUCUUGGUGCUCACGUUGAUGGCUUCAUUGCGUCUGUGGCUCACACUGUUGUUGUUGGCAGUUCACCAUCAACUCAAAUAACUGGCCGCAAAGCUGACAUUCUCCUGGCAGCUCACUAUGCCUCUGAAGCUGCUUUCGGGUUAAUGAAAUCUGGUACAGAGAACCAAGCAGUUACCAACGUUGUCCAAACCGUUGCUGAAGGUUUCCAAUGCAAACCGAUCAUUGGAAUGCUUAGCCACCAGCUCAAGCAGUUUGAGAUCAACGGUGAAAAGUCUAUCAUUCAGAACCCAAACGAGAAGCAGCGUAAAGAGCACGAAAAAAGUACCUUUGAACUCUACGAAGUGUACGCUAUUGAUGUUCUAAUUAGCUCUGGUGAAGGAAUGGCUAAGGAGAUGGACACUCACACAACCUUGUUUAAAAAAAACAAAGAGACAUACGCAUUGAACAAGAAGGCUUCCCGUGCUCUUCUCAAAGAAGUCAACUUGAAGUGCGGCACAAUGCCGUUCUGCCUUCGUAACCUGGAAGACGAGCAGAAAGCUUGCGUGGGAGUCCCCGAGUGCGUCUCCCACAAAUUGCUCGAACCUUUUCCCGUUCUUUACGAGGAGCCAAAUGAAAUUGUGGCCCAAUUCAAGUUCACCGUCUUGUUGAUGCCAAACGGUCCGCAGAAGAUAACUGGGCUCUCAUUUGAUCCGACGGCCUUCCAAAGUGAAAACAGCAUCACCGACGAGGAAGUCAAGAAACUAAUAACCUCCUCGACUCGUAGCAAGCCUAACAAGAAGAAUCCUGAAACAACUGAAGUGGCGAAGAAACCUGAUUGGCUAAUGAUUUUGGACACCAAAAUUGAAGAACUUCGCGCAAUGAAAGGUGUUGACGACUCGCCCAAUUUGCCACUGGACUUUCAACUGCAGUCACUGCAUGAAACACGCUCAGCUCCAGUCCAAGGGGUAGACUAUGCAGCCAUUCACGGCAACAUAUUAGCACUGAUGCGGGGUGAAGAGCCCAAGAAACUUGACCCAGGGACAAUGGCGAAAUUUUCCCAGCUGUGGCAGCUGCACAAGCAACGUAUCCUAGCACUACCUGAAGUUCCAUUUCCAGAAUUCCAACCAAAAGCGGGAUCUGCUCUCGAAAGCAAGAUGGAGUCAACGGAACAAAACUCCGAGAAUUGGUCAGCUGACUAGUUGGUAGCUAAGGAAAUUCUUCUUUCGGAUAAUGUUGAUAGUAUCGAUGAGUUUUUCCUCUCGCAUGCGUCGUUGAACCCUUAGUGGAUAAGUUUGAGCAUCACAUUGUUUCAAAAUUGAAAUCCCGUGUUACGUGUUUUGCUUGAAAUCGUUUCGGCUUAAACUGUGUUUUAAUAAAUUCAACCUGCCAUUGCAUACUCAUCAAUUACUUGUCGAAUAUUUCAUUG